CACGGUCCUUAUAUAAUAUUUGCUUGUCUGUUUGAGUUUGGCAGUGGGGAAUUGAAAAUGGCGAUGAGUUCUGAAGAUGAGAGGUGCUUUCCUGGGCUGGCUGGCACAAUUAAUAAUGACGAGAGUAGUCUCGUAGGAGAAAAACCAGUGCAGCAUGAAGAUCGCUACGAGAAACCAAAGUCUGAGCUAGCGAUUGGAGCACCGAGGCUGACUGACCUAGCGACUGACGAUAACGCCAAUGAUGCGUCACCAGUGGAAGACAUAAAUAAUAAUAGAGAUGAAGAGGAUGUAGAAUUGGUUGCAAAUUCUAAUGCCACCGGUUUGAGGAAUAUCUGUCAGAGAAAGUGCUUGUUGGUUUUUUUCUUUCCUACUGUUAUCUUUUUAUUAUGCACUGGCGGCAUUAUUUUUUUAAGUGUUCAUUCAAAGAGAUACCCAGCUGUGCUAUAUCCAGAACACUAGUUGAACUAGUGAACUUCCCAUACUUCUUAUAUGACAAAGUACAACUAAGUGAAGACGUUGAAGAAGGAGCAAAAGCAGAUGCACAAAUCUACUUUGGAACAAACUGCGAAUCAAAAGUUGCAGAAAAAGAAAUUUUUUUCUCAUCAGACAAGUACCUUCCUUUCACUCACCUGACAGUGUGGAUUAUCUCUCACCAAUUUACCUUUUAAAGGUCGAAGCUGAAUUUUAGCACCAGCAUUGACCUAAAUUCUAAUUUAAACAUUCCUACAAAGUUGUGCCGUUUUCAUGAUGAAGAGUUACUGAUGGCACUCACUGAAGCAAGAGACGAAGACGCUAUAAAUGAAGCAGAGAAGAAGGGAAAGUGCUUGAGUAUUGACCAGUCAUCAAAUGGUACACUAAUAGACAUAGUGCCGAGUAAUGGUUACUAUUACUAUGCCAUAUCAGCACUAAGCUCACCUGAAAGGAGUGUGAAUAUUUUAUAUUGGUAUGUGGUGUACGUGAAGCUCUACAACGAGAGUGACUUUGAGCCACGAGAUUGUUCCGUCAUUGAUAAUGAGUGCAUUUUCACCGGUCUUACUUUGGUGAGGAAGGCAAACCCAAAAGAAAACACCUUCUGCAUCUUAGCCUUUAUACCGGUUCCACCAUCUCAAGAGCAGACAAGAUACACCUUUACCACCACGCUGUCAAAUCCAAUUGGCUUUUUUAUCAUAGUUGGUGUUGUUAUGUUCCUGGACCUUGUAGUUUGUGCAAUUUUGUUGUUGGUGGUGAAGUGUAAAAAUGCCCAUAAUAAUUGAAAUUAUAAU